AUGAAUCCAUCCGUUCCACUAUCGACACCAUCGACAACCUCCACAGCAUCGCAGAAUUCACAUGGCCCGGAUGGCGACCAGAUAACAAAGGCCCAGGAGAAUACCCACCUCCCUGCUGCUUACCCAAAGGCUCAGCAGGGAGGGAGGGAGUCUCCUCCUAAUCCUGCUAAACCAGUCAAAUCCAAAAUGACAAACCCUUUCUCCCGCAUGUUCCAGUCCGGCAAAGUGUCUCACAAAGACGUCGAUGUCGGGAAAGAUGGAGUUGCUCCGAAUCGCGCAAGUAACGUUAAUCAUACUGGAGGACACCCACCGUCUCCUACUACCGUGGCCACCGUUCCAAGUGAAUAUCCCACUGCAGGCUCCAUUACCCAGUCCUCGUCGAAACAAUCGGACAAAAAAGUGGAUGGGGAUGCUAAGAAACACAAAGAUGCCUGCUCCACUCACAAACGAUUUGAAGUCACAGCAAAAAGGGCGGACCCAACGCUGCCGCGUCCCUCGUCGACAAGUACGGCAAAUGCCAGGAGAUCGUGGGCCGCGGUGCCUUUGGAAUCGUCCGGAUCUCCCAUAAGGUCGAUCCGCGAGACUCCCAAGACCGAACAGCUCUAUGCCGUCAAGGAAUUCCGCCGCAGACCACAGGAGACUGCAAAACGGUAUCAGAAACGCCUCACGUCUGAAUUCUACCUCAUGCAGGACUCUAAGGGCGACUACUGCGAAGUCAUGGAAUACUGCGCUGGCGGCGACCUGUACACACUCGUGCUGGCAGCGGGCAAACUCGAAGUCGGCGAGGCAGAUUGCUACUUCAAGCAACUCAUGCGUGGCGUCGAGUACAUGCACGAAAUGGGCGUGGCGCACCGCGACCUGAAGCCCGAGAAUUUACUCUUGACCACACACGGUGCGUUGAAGAUUACGGACUUUGGCAAUGGCGAGUGUUUCCGUAUGGCCUGGGAGAAGGAGGCGCACAUGACGGCUGGACUGUGUGGGUCGGCACCAUAUAUUGCGCCAGAGGAGUACGUGGAUAAGGAGUUUGAUCCGCGCGCGGUGGAUGUGUGGGCUACAGGUGUUAUAUAUAUGGCUAUGAGGACUGGGAGGCACUUGUGGCGUGUCGCGCAGAGGGAGGAGGAUGAGUUUUAUGACCGGUAUUUGGAGGGGAGGAAGGAUGAGGAUGGGUAUGCGCCUAUCGAGACGCUGCAUCGGGCACGCUGUCGAAAUGUGAUCUACUCAAUACUCGAUCCAAAUCCCACCCGCCGCAUAACGGCGUCUCAGGUCCUGAAAUCUGAAUGGGUUCGUGAGAUACGAAUAUGCAAGGCGGGAGAGGAGGGAUUUUAA